AUGGAUUCAGCCGUCGACAUGGCCGACAGCGAGCGCGCGCUGAAUCUCACCCACAUCCGCUUCCAGCUCAUUCGCCUCGAAGACACAAUCACGUUCCAUCUGAUUGAGCGAGUCCAAUUCCCCUACAACAAGACAAUCUACACGCCCGGCGCAAUCUCCAUCCCCGACAGCAAGCUCAGCUUCUUCGACUGGUACUUUUUCCAGCAGGAAAAGCUGCAGUCCCUCAUCCGCCGCUUCGAGUCGCCCGAUGAAUACCCCUACUUCCCCGAGGCCGUCCAGAAGCCCAUCCUCAAGCCGCUCAACUACCCCAAGAUCCUGCACAACAACACCGUCUGCGUCAACGACAAGAUUAAAAAGUUUUACAUUGAAAAAUUCUUGCCCAAGGUGUGCCCUGACUUUGGCCGCGAAGACCGCGGCGAGGCGCAGGAGAACUACGGCUCGACGUCCACCUGCGACAUUGCCUGCCUGCAGGCCCUGUCGCGGAGAAUCCACUUUGGCAAGUUUGUCGCCGAGUCAAAGUUCCAGUCGGACCCGGAAUACUACACGAAGCUCAUCCAGGCCGAGGACCGCGAAGCCAUUGGCGAAUCCAUCACCAAUGCGGCUGUCGAGAAGCAGGUCCUCGAUCGGCUGCGUCUCAAGGUCGAGACGUACGGCAAGGACCCGUCGCUGCUGGAAGGCGUGGAGCAGCCCAUCAAGAUCAACGUGGACGCCGUCGUGUCCAUGUACAAGGACUUUGUCAUCCCAUUGACCAAGGAGGUGGAGGUGGAGUACUUGAUGCAGAGGCUCAUACCCGAAGAGUAG